UUUUAAUUUAUCAAGCAAUGAAGAAAAAACUUUGGACAGCCAUUCAAUUUUCAUUGGUGUAUCUAAUCUAAAAGAGGAUGUUUUAAUUCGAUGAUAACAACUCGUUCAACAAAUUUCUAUAUAUUUCUCGAAUGCAGCCAUAUUAUAUGCACGCGCACACCGACAUACGCACAUGAUGCACACGCAGUGCGCGUGAAAUCCAAUGUCGUCAUCGUCCAUGAAUAUAUAUAUUAUCGAACGAGAGUGGAGUAAGAAACUAGGAACGGAAAAGGGAAAAUUGGCGAGUUAUGCUACUUGAUCCCGUUGAUCCCGAAAUUAAUUUAGAUUGACGGAAUAUGAAAAUAUAUUAGUGUCCGCAAGCUGUGCGUGUGUGCGCGUAUAUACAUAUAUGUAUGUGACAAGCGUGGGUCCACGUAUGUCAAGAGUGCUUUUAAUCGUCGAACAUGCGUCGACGCUCCGACGUUCAGCCUUGCCAUCUCCGUCGAUGGCACAUGCACGAAAUGUCAACAUUUAUUGUUAGAGGUAUUGAAGUAUCCUCUUAUCUAAAUACGAUGUGUUAUAUGAUAAGAUCUGUGGUAUAAGCAGGAAGGAACUUUGCAAUGAUUCAUUUUACAAAAUAUAAUUGGGAUCAUGUAAAGUGACACUGAGACAUAAUAUUACAUAGCUUAUUUAGUCGUAAAAUAAAUUACAAAAAAGACAACAAUGGGUUCUAUCGCUCUAGAGGAGUACGAGUUAAUGAAAGACUCGAAAUAUCGAGUCUAUGUGUCCGCUGUUGACAAGGCUUUAAAAAGCUUUGAAUAUACGAGUGAAUGGGCAGAUCUUAUUUCUGCGUUAGAGCUUAACAAGGUGUUGCUAAGUCAUAUGAAGUUUCCUGUUAUUCCAAGGAGAAUUAAAAUAUCAAAGAGACUAGCCCAAUGUAUGCAUCCAGCAUUACCUUCUGGUGUUCAUUUGAAAGCUUUAGAAACAUAUGACAUUAUUUUUAAGUGUAUGGGCACUAAUAGACUCAGUCAUGAGCUUUUUAUUUAUAGCGCAGGACUGUUUCCAUUGUUGGGUCAUGCCGCUAUGAAUGUCAGACCAUCAUUGUUAACAGUAUACGAGACACACUUUGUGCCACUUGGUGAAAGAUUGAGGCCAGGACUAAGCGGUUUUUUAAGCGGUGUUCUUUUAGGCUUAGAAGAUGGAUCUGAUCAUUUCGAUAGGACAAAUUCCUUACUGGAAAAAGUGUGCGAUGGUGUGGGUGCGGAACACUUUUAUGCAUGUCUCUGGGAUUGCUUAGCUUCAAAUUCUGGUAUUCGCUUGCCUGCUAUAUCAUUUGUGCUAGCACACUUCAACAAGAAACUGUCAAUGGAGGAGCAAAGAUACAUUAUGGGUACUAAUAUUAAAAUUAUGGUAUCAGCCUUAUGCGCAGGAGUACAAGACACUUCGGUGCUAGUGCAAAGAAGUGCACUUGAUUUUUUAUUAAUAGGUUUUCCUAUACAUAACAGUCAAUUGACACAUCAAGAUAUGAUAUUAUUAAUCAAAGCUGCUUUAGUUACUAUAUUGCGAAGAGACAUGAGCUUAAACAGGCGUUUGUUUGCCUGGUUAUUGGGUACUGAAGUGAGUACAUCGAUUUUAAAGAAAAAGAACCACAUAACUGUGGACACCAAGGAGGAUUCUGUAACAUAUUUCGAUACGUAUUCGAAAGAAAUGCUAGUCGAAGCGAUAAAAUGUCUGCUUAAAGAAGUGUGUGAAGAAAAUUCACAGGAUUUGAAGCCAUAUAGAAUACUUGUUUCGUUACUCGAUAAAGUGGAUAUUGGACCAGUAAUUUUGGACGAUAUUUUGUUUGAAGUGUUUAGGACAUUUUAUAAUGCCUGUAAACAAUCUGCACUGAAUCACAUACCAAAAACGAAUGAAGUAGUGAAAUCUGCGAAUCUGUUAUUUUCGACAUUGGAACCAUCAUACAUCUGGAUACAUUGUGGACAUUUAUUCGGAAAGGCCUGUAAUACAAGAGCAAAAACACAGGUUAUUAUAGAGGAUGCUACUGUAAAAACUGUUGGUAGUGGAAUGCCAAAUUUAGUAGAAGUGUGCAUACUAACGGAAUUCUUACUCGAGACGGUAUCAUUAGAUGCAUUCAUAGACACUCCAUCUGAGCACCUUCCUGGUUUGUUUUACGAAAUAACCAACAAGCUUUUAUAUCAUAUUAAUAUUUUGUCUUCGAUGGAGAUCUCGAAAAGUCUGAAAUUAUGCGCCAAGAUUUUGUCGAAGGUACAACCGACGAUGGUGACGACUCAUGCGGACAAGUACGAAGUAGAUACCAAAGUAGAAACAUCUCUGAAUAACAUUACAGUUCCUAGUGAUAAUUCCCUGACGGCGAUUCCUUUGGAAAAAAGUCAGUCGGAUAGCAAGUUGAAUAAGCCCGAUAUAUCCGGUAUCUCCUUCGCGGAAAAGAGUCCAAGUACGAGAAGAAGAGCUAAUUCCGGCGGCGCCGCUAAGAGGAGCGAAAAAAAGUCGAAGAAGAAGGGAAGUAAAAGCACUCCCAAGUUAACUGAUACGUACACCAUACAAGCCGACGGUACCAAUAUAUCGGUUGUAGUAAGCGAGGAUGCGAAAUCUUUGCCUAGGAAUAAAAGCAUGGACGACAUUAAAGCAAGCUGUGUCGAAAACGAAAUAAGCUCUUCCUCGAACAGUAAAUUGACCACCACGUCAAAACAUUUUACGAACGUCAGUCCAAUGGGAUCGACAGGAUCCUUAUGUAGGGGACCAUCUCCGGCAUUCCAGGCACAGCAUUCCAUGUUGGAAAAGUGCCUCCGUCAAUAUGAAAUAUUUUACGUCAAGUUAAUUAGCAAUCGAAUACUUAGCAAGGAGAGAACUGUGCAAGAUAUGUUCAAUCACUUGGUAGUAUCUUGCCCGAGAAAGAGUUUCGACGAGAGGAUGCGUUGCUUGGAACUCCUGCUGAAUUCCAGAUUAAAUACAGACGACUCAGGAUUCUUUAGUCAAGAUGCAUCUGUAAUCGAAGAUACCAAGUGCCUGGAUAUUUUUCACCUGUUCCUUGAUAUCGCAACGCAUUCGGAAUGGAACGAGGCCAUGAAAAUAGCGUCCAGCUUAUUCGUGGAGUUGUCCACGUUUCCAAAAUACUUCCUGCCCGGCGACGAUGUACUCGUAGAGGAAGAACCCAAGUUCGAGCACGUUCUUCCAGAUUGGUUGAAAGUCUUGAUAGUCUGUUCCUGCUGGUUACAGAAGCAACCAGCGUUACAAUUAACGAGCAUAGCCACAUUAUUGGACUUAGUGGCGUUGUUGAAGGCCCAUAACGACAUCGAGACGCAUCCAAAGAGUGGAGAAGGUAUAACGGCAGUGAUCAUGGUGCCGUUGUUGAAACAAUGGCACGUAACUUACUUAAUGCAAUAUACCAAUGUAUUUCAGGUAUUGGCGCAUUCCUUGUGGCAUCAUUUGGGCGAGCUUCCCGCCCAUAAGUUUAGGAUGCGUUGCGUAGAAUUGUUGCACGAGUUACAUCAUGCUUUAUACAAUUCCUGCGACGCGGUCGAGGACUUAAUAGGAUCUGCGCCCUCCGAGAAUCCUGAAAGAAAGAUCGAAGCAUUCGGCAGAUUUGCCACUUUAUGGCACUUAGGACGAGAAAUCGAAACGAAUCCGCGGCUGCGCGGCUGUCUCAGAAUUUUCGACCAAUCAUUGUUAAAAAUGCUGGACAAUCUUCAACUUGCGGACAACUCGCCGUUAAAACUACUAGCUCAAUCGUGGUUAUUACAUUCCUUGAUGCGCGGCGACAUAUCGCGUGUAAUAGAUCCCUUGUUGACAAUACUCUUAGAUCCAUCCACAUGUCGUAUGAGCGUCCUCCACGUGAGUAUACAACACAGUAAUACCGUCCUAACGAAAAACGACCCGGUGGAGGAAAAAUCGGAGAUUCAGGACGAUACGGAAGGUGCCGCAAAAAUUUAUGCGAUUAGUUCGGUCGACGGCAAUGUGAUAUAUCACGUGAGCGAUAACGUGGAUGAGGAUAAAAAAUGGAAGAAGGGUAAGAAGAAGAAACAGACGAUAAAUCCCGUGAAAAUAAAACGGAUUUUCGCCGUGACGACGUUAGCGAGUGGUGAUAAUUGCAAUCACUAUGUCACGGAAAGAAAUCAGUUUAUGAAGGAACUCGAGGUGCCGCCUAGCAUAUCCGGCAAUCGCAAGAUCUCCGUAUUCGUGAAUCCUCUCUCAAUCAAUUGUAAUGAAAACUCAAACGAUUCCUUGACGGAGGACGACUCGCUGCCCAGUAUACGUAAGGCAAACUUGACGACGGCAUUGCUUAAAAAUGCCACACGUUUCAAGAAGAUAGAUUUCGAUAAAGGUUCCACUGCCAGUUUAGAUGAGAGUCUUUUCGAAUCGGCAAACUCUUCUAGUUUGAAAGCGAAAGAUAAGAAUAACUUCAAAAAGCUCAACGACGACGUCGACUCGUCUCUGGAUUCUAUAACGAAUAGCUUGGACUCGAGCAGUCCCGAAGUAACUAAUAAACAACCCAAACAGAAGAAGGAACCCGUCGUGAACGCCCUACCGGGUGGUUCCAGAGAAGUUGCGGGCACCAUCAUGAAAGGCAGAUAUUACAGUACGAACGAAUUUAACACGAAUUACGAUCACGAAAUGAUCGGUAGUUUCGAAGCGAGUGCGGAGGUGCCCAGUUGGACGAUGGACGACGACGAAGACGGCGAUCUGGAUGUUAGCACCACCGCGGAAGAAUACUUUAGCAAUUCCAGCAGCGCCAGUAUAGUCGAAGAGAUUCUGAACGAGGUGCUCGAUCGCGCAAUGCAAUUGUGCGACAUUGCCGAACCACCAAAGAGUGAGGAAGUUCAGCAGCAUCCCGCAAAAACUAAUCGAACUAAUGUCGGUCUGGGUGUUCACAAUCUUCACUCCCACAUGUUGCUCUACUGCGGAGUUUACGAUUCGGCCAGAACCCUUUACGCUUUACGCACGCUCAGGAACGAACUUUUGACAAAUACGCGAAUGUUUCUGUGUUGUGCGGCGACGACAGGUGUGGCGAAUGCGACGAAGAAUACAGUGCUGUUAAAUCUACUGGCGAGGCAUCGGAAAAGUGUUUUCGGUAGAAACUUUCAUGGUGAUAUAGCUAACACGGAAUUUAUAGCCGCUUAUAGAAGCAGUAUGUAUCUCGAGGUCUUGAUAAGCGUGUGCCUGUACUUUGCGAGAAGCUAUUAUCCAAAUCUCGGACAGAUGAGGCUUACGUAUGAAGAAAUUGCGGGUAAUCGCCAGGUACAACUUGCAAGUGCAGAAUUACUGACGCUAAUAUUUUCCGAAUUAAUCCCAAUUGUUCGCGAUUCUGGGAAAGGUUUCAGUUGCUACAUAGUCGACCUACUGACUAAAUGUAAAGUACAAAAGGUUGCUCUACACUGUCUCGUGUCCAGUGUUAUGAGUAUGAAAAACGCUCAUAAAGAGAAUGAAGAUGUUUUCACAUUCACCGAAGAAAUUGUACUAUUUAACGAUCCGUUUAUCGAUAACGAUGUUAACAAAUGUAAAUAUAGAGCGAGCGAUCAUACAGAAGCUUUCCAGAUACAAUUAUUACGGUUGUUGUUGGCAUUAAUUAUGUUGGAACAUCAGUGUAGUAAUCAAAAAGGAGAAGAAAUUAAUCCAACGACGUCGUCUAUACCAAGUUCACCGACAAGGACUACGAAUUUAAUCGGGAACAAUCUGAAAUAUAUUUCUGGAGCAGCGAUUCCACAGCAACCGAUGUUUCUCGCUAGUAUCCUUAGUGCACUGCAACUGGAUCAUAUGAGGCAUCUUCAUCAACAUUGGACAACUCUUGUCACGUCCAGUCUCCCUUUUAUGGGAUCAUCUUUAACGUCUGUUGUAACAUCAGUUAUUCAUCAACUGUGCAACAAUAUUGAACACCUAGCGUCGUAUUAUAUUAAUGAGGAGGCGGCAUCAAAGUUACAAGAUAUAACCACGGUAGAAUGCUGUUUGCCCGCGGAUUAUACAGUGACACAUCUCGAGGCUUUGACAUACUUACUGCACUAUUGUCUAUUGGAUACCUCCCAGCAAAUUGGAUUCUCGUUUAAUCAGCCGCUAAGUGGUACAAUACAAACAGGAAUUCCUGGUGCUAAUCCCGGACAGAUCUUCAAUAAUCUCAUACAUGUUUUUAUGCCGAGUCCACUUUCUCCGGAUCUAUCCACAACGAAGGAUAAAACUGGCGCAACUGAACUGCAACAACACGCCAGAAGAACAGCGUUGAGUCAUUUACCGAGAAUAAUAGCAUCCUUAUCUGCCUUAUGGCAAGCAGUUCUAGCAACAAAAGACAACGAACAAGCAAGUUGCGUGGUGGGCAGUCCGAGAAUAGUGAAAUAUCAAUUGUUGGAACUCUUAUCCCCAAUCUCUUUCCAUCACGGAGCCAACUUUUUGGCUGCGGUCGCGGUUGCUUGGCACGAAAGGCGCCAACCAUCCACUGCGUCAAAGAAGAUACUUCCAGAAGCUUGUCCCAAUCAACAAGUGAUGGUUCAUUUGGUUAGUGCUAUUCGUGUGAUGCCGAUUGACACUUUGGUGCACACCGUGCAUCAAGUAGUGAAAACGCCACCGCCGAUACACGGAAUCAAACAGGAUUUCUCACUAGAAGUCUCAGUGCUAGAAUUACUUUACAUAUAUAUGCAGAGUAAUACGUCGCAGUCGCUUAUCGAGUCUUGGGCGUCCUUACUUAGUUUAUUGAAAGAUGGUUUAUCGCUAACGGCACCCGCUCAAUUUCUCUUGCUGGCUAUACUGAACGAAUAUGUACAAAAGUGUCCGCCUAUGCAAGAGAAAAAGGAUAUCAAAGAUUUACAAGAUGUAUCUGCAAAGCUGAUAGAAUCGUGUUCACAAAUAGCUGGUGCGUGUCUAGAGCAAACAACGUGGCUAAGAAGGAAUUUAGCCGUUCGAGAAGAUGUAUUCGAAGUAGUGGAAGGCUCUUCGGAAGGUAAAGAGGGAAAAAAUGGUGCUGUAACACCUGGAACUCCACCUAAUGCAGCAUACAGUGUUCAAGCGCAAGCAGUAUUAGCAGAAAUACUCGCGCCAUUAUUGGACGUUAGUUAUGGUUCACAAGAAAAAGAACGUGUUGUAACGCUGCUAACAAAUCUCAUGUAUAACGUUACACCUUAUCUGAAAAAUCACACUAUGAAGAAUAUCGCUUCAUUUACCGCUUGUUCUCAAUUAUUGGCUUCCUUGUCGGGAUAUCAAUACACGAGGAAAGCAUGGCGCAAAGACGUUUUAGACUUGUUACUCGAUUCGGCCUUCUUCCAAAUGACACCGUCCUGCCUACCGUACUGGAGAACUAUAAUAGACAAUCUAAUGACGCAUGAUAAUACUACCUUCAGAGAUUUAAUGAAUCGCGUGUCCAUGGCUCAAGGCAGCGGAAUCAGUAUAUUUUCUUCAAAGGAACAAGAGUAUGAGCAGAAAGCGCAGCUCUUGAAGCGAUUGGCGUUCGUCAUUCUUUGCAGCGAGAUGGAUCAAUAUCAUAAAUAUAUGCCAGAGAUACAAGAACGCUUAGCAGAUAGUCUACGCCUACCUCAAGUGAUCCCGUCUAUUCAGGCACAAGUAUUUCUAUGUUUUCGCGUAUUGCUAUUGAGAAUGUCGCCGCAACACGCGACGUCCUUGUGGCCAGUCAUAGUUAGCGAACUUGUUCAAGUCUUUCUUUAUAUCGAGCAAGAAUUGAGUACGGACAGCGAAGAGUUCAGUCGUCAUAGCAGCUCGCAUAUUAAACUGCUAUCUGCCUUGGACUCAUCGUGGGCUAUCAACGCCAGCAAUGGACUUCAAGCACACGGACAUCCUCACUGGUUGCAACUGCAACUAGCUGCUGCCAAGCUGCUGGACCUCGCGCUACUGUUGCCCGCGCACAGAUUACCGCAAUUUCAGAUGUAUAAAUGGGCAUUCGUUGGAGACGCAGCAGCAGGAAAUGUAGAUAACAAUAAUCUAUCCUCGGACUUUGUACCGCACAUUACGAGAAUAGCGAAAUUGAUGGAUAGCAAGUUCAAACCAGACGGUCCAUCGCCCAAAAGGAAUCCAGGAGAGCUUUUACUGACAUCAAAUAACGUUCGCUCUCUGCAAGAUUUGCAUCACUUUUUCUCAAGUCUUAGUCGCGCCACAUGUGACACGUACGUGCCGAUAAAUAACACACAAUUAGAGACUGUAAUCGAGCAGGACUUCCUUGAAAAAAUGCCAACCAUGCCAGCGAGAUAGUAGGGAUGUGUAAAAGUAUAUAAAUAAUUCGUCUCUCAAUCAGGAAGCGUAACAAAUAUGUCGUUUGAAAAGUUUAUCCUUUGAUAUAUUUAUAUAAAAAUAUAUUAUAAGAUAUUUCGCAUUCACGCCGCAUUUAAAAGUACUCUGUCUAUACGUAAAUAUUACAUAUUGUUGUAUAAACACAAUUAGAAUGCAGAUAUCUAGGAAACACGCGCCGACUGCUCCUAACUCUUGCUGUUAAAAUAUAGACGUCCGAUUAAAAUAUUUGCUUAAAAGAGAAAGGAAGAAAGAAGUUAAUCAUAUUUUGA